CGGAGUCAAAGAGUCAAACCCACUUCCCUUCUCUGCCACUCCAUCUUCCUCAACUCCGCUGCCUCUCUUUCCCUCCAUUUUUUUCUUUCCUCCCUCCAUUCCUUUCAAGCUUUCUGUCUGAUAGGGCUCACCUGCCCGUCGAAAUGAAAAACACGGAUGAGGAAGCUCUCCUCAAGAAAUUGCAAGAAUCCCUAGAUUCCGAUCCAGAUAAACCUUCUCACCAUUACAAUCUCGGUGUUUUUCUGUGGGAAAAAGGGGAAGAAUCGAAGGAAUACAAGGAAAGAGCGGUAGAGCAUUUCAUCGCUUCUGCGAAGCUGAACCCUAGCAAUGGAGCUGCAUUUCGAUUCCUAGGGCAUUUCUACAGUCGAGUAUCAAUCGAUUCACAGAGAGCUUCCAAGUGCUAUCAGAGAGCUGUGACUCUCAAUCCUGAUGAUUUUGAAGCAGGGGAAGGGUUGUGUGGUUUGCUGGAUGAGGAAGGAAGAGAUAGUUUGGAGGUGGCUGUUUGCAGAGAAGCCUUGGAGAAGUCGCCGAGGGCCUUUUGGGCAUUCCGGAGAUUAGGCUACAUGCAGGUUCAUCAGAAGAAAUGGUCAGAAGCAGUUCCGAACCUCCAACAUGCGAUACGGGGCUAUCCAACAUGUGCAGAUCUAUGGGAAGCCUUAGGUCUUGCGUACCAGCGGUUGGGCAUGUUUACUGCAGCUAUAAAGUCGUACGGGCGAGCUAUUGAACUGGAGGAUUCAAGAAUCUUUGCAUUGGUUGAGAGUGGGAACAUUCUAUUGAUGCUUGGUUCAUACAUGAAAGGAGUUGAGCAGUUUCGUCUUGCUUUGGAAAUAGAACCUCACAAUGUAGCUGCAAACUAUGGGCUUGCUUCUGGGCUGCUUGGGUUGUCCAAGGAUUGUGUGAACUCUGGUGCAUUUGUUUGGGGAGCUUCUCUACUGGAGGAAGCAUCUGAUGUUGCAAAAGCUAGUACCUGCUUGGCUGGAAAUAAUUCUUCUAGCUGGAAGUUGCAUGGGGAUAUUCAGAUGGCGUAUUCAAACUGUUUUCCAUGGGCAGAUGAAGGCCAAGGAUUGGGUAUUGAUGAGGAUUCUUUCAAAACUUCCAUCAGUUCCUGGAAAGGGAAGCGUCUUUUGGCUGCAGUUAUUGCUAAUCGUUCUUACCAGCGAGCUUUGCACUUGACACCGUGGCAAGCUAAUAUUUACACUGACAUUGCGAUCUCUCUAGAUCUCAUUUGUUCUCUAGAGGAGAGAAGUUAUUCUGAUUUGGAAGCUUGGCAGCUACCUGAGAAGAUGGCUCUGGGUGGUUUGAUGCUUGAGGCCAACAAUAAUGAGUUCUGGCUAGUUUUGGGUUGUUUGUCGAUUGACAAUGCAGUGAAGCAACAUGCUUUUAUCAGGGGACUACAAUUGGAUGUAUCAUUCGCUGUAGCAUGGGCAUACCUUGGACAGCUUUACAGAAAAGCGGAUCAAAAGCUGCUGGCCAGACAAGCAUUUGAUCAUGCCAGAAGCAUAGAUCCUUCAUUAGCGUUACCAUGGGCAGGCAUGUCAAUUGAUACUCAUGCUGGGAUUUGCACACCAGAUGAGGCUUAUGAGAGCUGCGUACGGGCUGUGCAUAUAUUGCCUCUGGCAGAAUUCCAAGUUGGUCUCGGAAAGCUUGCUGUUCUUACGGGUCACCUUCUAUCUCCACAGGUAUUUGGAGCCUUGCAGCAGGCUGUUCAGCGUGCACCUCACUAUCCCGAGUCACAUAACUUAAAUGGUCUGGCAUGCGAGGCACGAUCAGAUUAUCAGUCUGCAGUUGCUGCAUAUAGGAAGGCACAAUAUGCCAUCAGUGCUUUUGCAAGGACAGCACCAAAGUCCCAUAGUAGUGAUGUAUCGGUUAAUCUGGCCAGAUCACUUUGUCAGGCGGGGAAUGCUCAUGAAGCUGCAUGUGAAUGUGAAGAUCUGAAGACGGCAGGUUUGCUUGAUAGCAUGGGCCUGCAAAUAUAUGCUGUGGCAUUAUGGAAACUCGGCAAGAAUGACCUUGCUCUAUCCAUGGCUAGAAAUUUAGCUUCCAAUGUUUCAACCAUGAACCGGGCAUCUGGAGCCGCCUCUCUGGGGUUGAUAUGCAAAUUGCUGUAUUGCAUUUCCGGCCCAGAAUCUGCAGCAGCUAAUAUUCUAAAAAUGCCUCAGGAUUUAUUGCAAAGCACAAAAAUCAGUUCUAUUGUCUCUGUGCUUAGUUCUCUUGACCAAAGUAAUCAGCUUCAGUACGUUCUUCCAAGCGAUCUUCAUCUUCUUACAUCUCAUGAAGAGGGUACUGGAUUCCACUCUUUACUAGCACUUGUUAAACUGGUCAGACAUGGGUCUGAACAUAGUCUGGGAAUCCAGAGUGCAGUGGAUUACCUGAAGAAAGUUCUUCACAUGUAUCCUGACAGUAUUUUAACAAGGAAUCAUCUCAGUUCUCUCUUGUUAUCCAGUAAAGAAUGGAAAACUUCUCAUGCUGCAAUCAGAUGUGUUGUCACAGAGCCUUCUGGACACCCUUUGUUGAAAGGUUCAAAAUCAGCGUAUGAGAUUCUUGGCUCUGCAGCAGUUGCAUGUUAUUCGAACUGCACCUCAAAAUCGAAGUAUUCUUUUCCAACAUGUGAAGGCCAGUGCAUGCACGGAGUACGACCAGUACAGCAUCAGCAGAAAUGGUUGCAUCAAGAACCAUGGAAUGACAAGUCACGAUACUUGCUUGUACUCGGUGUUUUACAAAAGGCUCGGGAAGAAAGAUUUCCUCAACAUCUUUGUGUUACCCUCAAGCGUUUAGUGUUUGGUGCUCUAUCUAGUGAAGUCUAUUCAAAGAAAGAUCAGUCUUGUGAAUAUCAAAAGUUUCAACUUCUGCUCUGUGCUUCUGAAAUCAGUAUGCAAGCUGGAGACUACGUUGGUUGCAUAAAUCAUGCUACCGAUGCAUCGAGACUUUCAUUUCCUAAUGGGGAUCCAUUCUUUGCACACUUGCAACUAUGCCGUGCAUAUGUGGUGCAGGAGGAUUUUUCAAGCCUGAAAGAUGAGUAUGAAAAAUGCAUGCAGCUCAAGACAGAUUAUCAAAUUGGUUGGAUAUCUCUUAAAUUUAUUGAAUCUCGAUACAAGCGACAGCUUCAGUUGAAUGGCGUAGAUGUGAACUUUGAAGCAUGCUUGGAAAAGAAUGGGAGUUCAUGGAAUAUGUGGAUGGCCAUUAUGGAUUUAGUGCGAGGUCACAGCUUUAUACAGGAUCAGGAUUUCCUUCUUGCUGAACAGGCUCUAGCCCAUGGUUGUUCAAUUGGGGGAGCUGACUGUUGUCUUUUUCUCUGUCAUGGUGCUAUCUGUAUGGAGCUUGCUAGGCAGAGAUCGGGUUCUCAGUUUCUAUUGCUUGCAGUUAGCAGCCUCACAAGAGCUCAAGAGUCCUCGCCUGUUCCUUUACCUAUAGUCUCAGCACUGCUUGCUCAAGCAGAAGCCAGCCUAGGCGCUAGAGCAAAGUGGGAGAGGAACCUUCGCUUUGAAUGGUUUUCUUGGCCAGCAGAGAUGAGGCCUGCAGAAUUAUAUUUUCAAAUGCAUUUGCUUGCAAGGCAGUCGAAAGUUGUGCCUGACCAGUUCUCCAGUGUGGAAUCAUCUCAAAGCCCGCAGAGAUGGAUUAUUCGAGCGAUUCACUCAAACCCAUCUUGUUCAAGGUAUUGGAAGGUUUUGCAAAAGCUGGGGGAACAAGAGUAGCCUGUUACUCGACACAUUUCGCUGAUCUUGGUCACUGGUUUUCCAUUUUCCCAUUGUCAUAUGAAGCAGAUUAUUGAUCUUCCAUAUUUUGUCGCUUGCUGGUGUGCUUCCUAUCAUCGAUGUUGUUCUGAAUGUUGGCCAAUUUGAUAAAGAAUCAUAGAUCUGCCUCGGGUUUUAUUUUAUUUUUGAAUGGUGACAUCUAUUAGUAAAGAACAAAGAACCCUUUUGAAAGGGGCAUGAGUGACUGA